CACACCAGCUGCGACUGCAGCCAACGGCAGUUCUUUGACAACUUCUCGGACCACGUCAGCCGCUUCCCCUCUUCUCCCUCCCUGACUGUCGUCGCGAAUCGCGGGUUUCAGCUCUGGCCGUGCCGAGCCUCGAGUUUAUCGAACCCCGACAACCUUGCCCGACAUCCAGAUACCGAUAUGCCAUCCUCGCCGCAUACCCCGAGGCACUCUCGGAACUCCUCGGCCUUCGAUAGCUACUCAGGCUCGCCUCGGAACAGACGCCUAUCUAAAUCCUCGGUGCAAGAUUCGUCGACGCCGUACCGAAACAGCUUCAACCAAACCGAUGAGUUAGAUAUGAGCGUGCUUGCCAGCGGGGGAGCAGCCGCCGGGAAUGGCAUGGGGAAUUUGGCAGAUGAGUUGGCAGAUGCAUUCUCGGACUCGGGAGAUGAGGGUGAAUACGAUGAUGGGGACCUGGAUGGCGAGUCGCUGGGCCCUGACGAGGGGCAUCCGGAUGAGGCGAGUGGCACAAAGGGUAUCAACAGCCCACAGGGACACGAUAGCGAUAGGGUAGCGCCUGCGAGCCUUACCUUGCUCUCGCCACGGCGGGGACAUCAGAGACAAAAGAGCGAGUACGACGGGAGCGAGUAUGGGUCAGAGUCGGAUCUCGAGUCUCCCGGCAUGCCUCCUGGUCUGGUGGCCAAGAUUGAUGCCGUGGAAUCUUUGGCCCGGCGGGGGAAUGAGAAUGUCGGUGGACCAGCUGAUGAUGUCUUCAAGAGAGUUACGACCGGGCUGCGGGACCUCGGAUCACAAUCUAGCGUAGAGGCCAGCGCCUCGAGGUUGAUAACAGCACAUUCAGCGCUGACGACGCAUUUGACCCACCAAACUCGCCAAAUACACAACCUGACGUUUCCUUUGUUAUCCCCACUGGCUCCGCCUCCAGACGAGGAGACGAUCGAAGAGCUUGUACCAUUACUCCUGUCGCUUUCGGACAACAUGCCUCGACCUUCAACAUCAGCCUUCAACUCGCUGACGGCGCUGCACACGAUUACGUCGGAUUUGGUCCAGACUCUGAAUUAUCUUUCUGACACUCUACACAUGUCUCGUCAGACGACAACAAUGGCAACCAGGCGGUUGAGGAGUGCCAAGGAGAUUGUGGCCGAGAUGAGACGGGAAGAGGAGCUUAAGGAGGAAGGCGAGCGGUGGCUAACACGAGGCAACUGGGGUGAGCGACUGGAGAAGAGGGAAUGCGCGGGGGUGUGCGGGGAUGUGAUUGGAGGAUUUGAAGAAGUUUGCAAUGGAUGGCGAGAGAGACUGCUCGCGCAGGCAGAGUCUCAAGCGUAGGGACGAAUUGAGCCGGAAA